AUGUGGGAGUCAACAACGGAUGAUGAGGCACCGGUUGCGAAUUUCACUCCGGAUUUAGACAUAAAAUGGCCGGAACCGGAUCCUGUUUCACCAAUAAUGACGCGGGAUCACUCCGCUUCUAGAAAAUCAUCUUGUUGGUCAAGUCCUCCUAACAUCUUUGUCGAUGAAGGCUCUAUACCGUCUUCUCCUGUGGGUCAAGCAGAAUGUUGGUCGGCACCGGAAUGUCUUAAUGACGAUGAUGACAGCGAAGAAGAGGAGAUGGGAGGCGAACAAAGGCGAAUGCAAAGAGCAUGUUCGUGCUGCGAAAUUGAUGUCGGCAGGCACGACUCCACAGCAUUUUCUGGCAGCUACCCGGUGAUUGACACUGCUCAUCAAGGUAUGAAGCUUCGUGCUUUCUCCUCCGUACCGCCGUGCCAUCAUCCGUCACAAGUUCGCUAA